CUAUAAAAGGCUCACACCAGCUGCUACGUUUUGUUCUAGCUCGCAGCACAUUGGAAAGAACUUGCUUUGAAUGAAGGGCAGUUCUUGCCAAGCUUUCAGCUUUUAACUGCCAUGGUGAGCUUUUUUUGAGCUUUUUUUAACUUGUUACCCAGAAAAUGCUCAGAGCUUUUAGUUUCUAUUCAAGCAUCUUCUGUUUGCAUUACUGCUUUGAAGUUGAAAAGGCUUAGUGCUGUUAUAGAGUUUGUUGGCAUACUGAACAUUUAAAGGAAGAAUGACCUCCAUGCCCACAAACCUUACUUCUGGAGAUGUCAGUGGAAUUUUCAACCCUCUGGGGGAAGGGGUGUUAUGGCCGAACAGCACUCAAAGAAAUGUGAGUUCCCCUCUGUCUCACAAGUUUGUGCAGCCUCCUUGGCGUAUUGUCCUUUGGUCUCUGGCUUAUGGAUCCAUGGUAGCCGUGGCUGUGUUCGGAAACAUCAUUGUCAUUUGGAUCAUCCUGGCCCACAAAAGAAUGAGAACAGUGACCAACUACUUUCUGGUGAACUUGGCAUUCUCAGAUGCUUCCAUGGCAGCUUUUAACACCCUGGUGAAUUUCAUUUAUGCCCUGCACAACGAGUGGUACUUUGGAGAGGCUUACUGCAGAUUUCACAACUUCUUCCCUAUCACAUCCAUAUUUGCCAGCAUUUACUCCAUGUCUGCGAUAGCUGUGGAUAGGUACAUGGCUAUCAUUGAUCCUUUGAAGCCAAGACUUUCUGCUACUUCCACAAAAGUGGUCAUCGGAAGCAUUUGGAUAUUUGCGGUUUUGCUUGCCUUUCCUCAGUGCCUCUAUUCCAAAAUCAAAGUGACACGAACCAGGACUUUAUGCAUGCUAGAUUGGCCAGGAAAAGAUGAAAGACUGACAUAUCAGUUUAUUCUGGUGUUGCUGGUCUAUGUCUUACCCUUAAUUGUGAUGGGAGUCACAUACACGAUUGUUGGAAUUACACUGUGGGGAGGAGAGAUACCUGGAGAUACAUCUGAUAAAUAUCACGAACAGCUCAGAGCCAAAAGAAAGGUUGUGAAAAUGAUGAUUGUGGUUGUGGUGACAUUUGCAAUAUGCUGGCUUCCUUAUCAUAUAUUUUUUCUUGCUAAUGCACUUGAUAUAAAAGUGGACAGAUGGAAAUAUAUUCAGCAGAUCUACCUGGCUAUCUUUUGGCUAGCAAUGAGUUCGACCAUGUACAAUCCCAUCAUUUACUGUUGUCUAAACAAAAGGUUUCGUGCUGGAUUCAAAAGAGCUUUAAGAUGGUGUCCCUUUAUUGAAGUAUCCAGCUAUGAUGAAUUGGAAUUAAAAUCCACAAGAUUUCAUCCAACAAGACAGAGCAGUCUCUACACCGUUUCUAGAAUGGAAUCAAGCAUGACAGUUGUGUUUGAUCCUAAUGAUGGAGAUAACAACAAAUCUUCUCAUAGCCAUAAGAAACGAGCUGCUACUAGUGAGUCUACUUUCAAUGGAUGUUCUCGGAGAAACUCCAAAACUGCUUCCACCAAUUCAAGUUUUAUUAGCUCACCCUACAAUUCACCAGAUGAUUAUUCAUAAUGGGAACAUUAUGGGAACAGAACGGCAAACAAGGUUGCAUUCAUUGUAAAAACCGCAUUGUGAAAGUUACAGUUCAUAAAAUGAAAUGAGAAAACCUUAAAAUGAAAAUGAAACUUGUAAUUCCAAAUGAUUGAUAUGUGGAAAAAAGAGAGGGAGUCUUGUUUUUGCACACAUUCAGCACAUCAACCCCCAUGGUGGUAAUAUAAGUGAAUCAGUAGACAUCGUGAUAUAUUUACAGUUGUGUAUACAAACAAAUGUGCCAAAAAAUCAUUGCUCAUUAUAUGGUUGUUUUCAAGAAAAGUACUUCUUCUGCUUUUUUAAUAGAAAUAAUGUAUUUUACCUAAACUAACCUCAGAUUGAAUGUUAUGUUAUUCUAUAGGGCUAAAACCAAGGCAAAAUAUUAUAAUUAGUAACCAUGCUAUUUAAAUGUUAUAAUUCUCUCGUUUUGGUGCAUUUCUUUAUUGGUAUACCUUCUUUUCAGACAAAGUAAAAACUACAGCAUACUACAAAUUCAAAAAGUAUUAGCAAUGCAUACUACCAAGAUUGUAGUAUAAGGUCCUUUAUAUGAGGUCUUAAAGUUUAAAGGUUAACAGACUACAUGAUCCAUUGCUGCCUUUUUGGAGAAGUUACUCCGAUUUUCACAUAAUCUGGUGAACAGCCAAUAGGGAAUUUUAUCAUAAAUUCUAAGAAAAGAUCCACCCGAUGUUAAAGGAGAACUGACAGAAAUUGUAUACACCUGUUAUUGCUCACAUAGGGUGGAUUAUGGUGCAAAAACGUUGUGCUAAAAAAAGUCCUGUCUAGAAGUGUGCAUGUAUAAGAAGCAACUCCAAUGUUUCUAUUGAUCUCUAACCUUUAGGCUUUUAUUGUUAUUCAUUUUAAUACAUUUCUAUCCAGUCCCUCUCCUAUUGCAUUAGUGCCUAAUCUAACUAAAUGUAAUGUUUCUGGAAGUCUACUUUGCUUUUCUGCAUUUUUCUUUUCAUAAUGUUAAAGUACUGUUAAUCCUCCUUUUAUGUAUGUGUGAAAGGAUGAAGAAAUUGUUGCGGGUGGAUAUGGCCAUUAGUGAUACUAAAUUCAAUCAUGGUCAUGAAGAAAGCAUGCUAAUUAAUCCUUGCGCAAGUACAGGAGUCUGUGGAAAAGAUCCAUUUGUUUCUAAAGUGUAAGAGAUCAGCGUUACAUAUGCACUGUGAUUCAACAAAUGAAGCAGACAUUAAAAGGUACAUUAAGUAAAAAGUUAUGAAAUCAUGUGGAGGUGUCAUUGUCAUUAUUUGUGGUUUAGAUGUUAGAAAUGGACAGUGAAUAAUAGGUGUCCUUUUUAUUUCCUUUGGUUACCUUUGUUGUCAACUCAAAAUACAAAUAUAUUCCACUAUUUUCAGAAUUAUGAAAUGUAAUUUUGGGGAGCCCUUACAUAAAGUGAUAAAGACACCAAAGGUUUAAGCAAGAAGUGCAUAAUGCCAAAUGCAUUAGACCAGUAAUUCCUUACCAGUGGCUCGCAAGCAACAUGUUGCUCACUAGCCUACUGGAUGUUGCUCCCAGUUGCCUCAAAGCAGGUGCUU